CCGGGGAAGGGGGCGUGCGCUCGGCGAGGCCGGGGCGCGGCGCUGCGAUCGAGCUCGGGCUGCCAGCCCCGGGCCCACCGGUGCCAUGGACGGCCUGCGCCAGCGCUUCGAGCGGCUUCUGGAACAGAGGAACUUGGCCACCGAAGCGCUAGAGGUUCUCGAAGCCAAGACCGGUGUCGACAAGCGGUACUUGGCCGCAGGAGCCACCACUCUGCUAAGCCUGUAUCUUCUGUUCGGUUACGGGGCGUCUCUACUGUGCAACCUCAUUGGCUUUGUGUACCCCGCAUAUGCUUCAAUCAAAGCUAUAGAGAGCCCAAGCAAAGAGGACGACACUGUGUGGCUCACUUACUGGGUGGUGUACAGCCUGUUCGGGCUUGCCGAGUUCUUCAGCGAUCUACUCCUGUCCUGGUUCCCUUUCUACUACGUGGGCAAGUGCGCCUUCCUGUUGUUCUGCAUGAUUCCCGGGCCGUGGAACGGGGCUCACAUGCUGUAUCAUCGCGUCAUACGUCCACUGUUUCUAAAGCAUCACGAGGCCGUGGACAGCGUCGUGAGAGACCUCAGCGGACGGGCCCUGGACGUGGCAGCCGGAAUAACCCGGGAUGUCCUGCAGACCCUGGCCCGCAGCCGGGCCCUCAUCACCCCAGUGGCUGUUGCAGUGGGCCCCCCACUGCCCUUGGAGCCAACCAUAGCGAAAGUAAGCAUGACCCAGCUCCAGAAGGACAAAUGAAGUCCCCACCCAGCACCUGCACAGACCUGCCGGCCAACCAGCUGAAGGACACAGUGUACCCCAACCCCAAGUCCUCCACAAAUUCCUCAGCUGACUCAC